CGAUCUUCAGCAGGGAUGAUGAUCGAUGCGCAACCCAAGAUCUUCUUGCAAUCAACACCUCUUCGAUCCACAAGCAAGAUAUCCCGGGUAUAUAUUUGUAUACCUUUCCUAGCUAGAUAGCUAGUACCGGUACUAUUAAUAGUAGUCUAGACUACUUCAUUCAGUUUGGCCUGUCUCUCUCCUCCAUCUUCAUCAAACAGCCCUCCCCAAGCCCAUGAUGAAUCCUGGUUCCUGUCGUCCCAUUAGAGGCACACUAGGCUUGCGAAUGCUGAGUAUUCUUUCAGCAGUACUUCUUUCGACCGUCCGAGAAUGCCAGGGGUCUCCCUUUCUUUCUUCCUCCACUAGUAGUAUUGGCAACCCCGCCUUUUGGGUUCCUACUCGAGGAGGAUCCAACCAGCAGCAGCAGCCAGAAGAGUAUGGUCGUCUCAGUGAUGAUUUUUUCCGUUUGACUCCGGAACAAAUUGAAUCCUUCCAUCGAGACGGUUGUGUCACGAUUGACAAUGUGCUGACCGAAGAAGAAGUACAGGAACUCCAAGUCGUCUUUGAUCGGUUUACAUCGGGCGAUAUUCCCGUCCCUGGAAAAGAUUUUUGUGACAUGUCCAAACCCUUUGGAACUCCCUAUUCCGAGUGGUCCAUUGUCAAUUGCAUGCUUCCUACAACCUACUAUCCACCUCUGAAAGGCAAUAUCUACGAACGUCUCACCAACAGCAUGGCACAGCAAUUAUUUAGUAAUGACGACAGUACUAGUAUGGUCAAGGACUAUGAUCAAUUCCUCAAUAAACGACCGGGAAAGGACGAUGCCGUCUUUGCCUGGCAUCAAGACAUGGCCUACUGGCCGGGGUCCAAGGCACUGGGUGGAACCAAGACGGAUACGUGUACGUUUUCUUUGGCCAUUGACGAUUCCGAUCCCGAAAAUGGUUGUUUGCGCUAUAUUCCAGGAUCGGGUGUCGCCAAGACAUUGCGACCCCACAAACCGUUAGGGUCGGAUCGAGAUGAGACACAUGCUCUGUGUGCGCAAGUCGAUGAAACGGCUGGAGAUACAAUUCAGUUGGCGCCUGCCAAGAGAGGGAGUGUCACCAUUCACAAUGAAUGGGUCGUUCAUGGCAGUGGAGGAAAUACGUGUGCCGAUCGUCAACGCCGAACCUACGUUGUGGCCUAUCGAACACGGGACACUGUGGCGGCAGAACGGGCGAUUGGUUUUAGCCACUCGCACAAUGACGACGUGAACUGGGAUACCUUUUUGGAUGGAGAGUCUCAUCGAGUGGCGGGCAAGCAACAAGAUGAUGAGGAAUGAAUGAAUGAAAUAGCAUUUUAAAAUUAUCAGUGGUGUGAAAAAUCAUUAUUGGAUGGAUCCGGACAAUUAAAUUGCGGCGAAGGAUAGGAAAGGAGCUCUGAUAAACAAACUAAAUGUAGUUAGAAGUUACCUAUGAUAGAUGAAAGAUCACUACAAUUAGUUAAUAUAAGAAGCAAUCGUUAGUUAGAAAAUAAUAUGCACC